AUCAUUAAAUAUUUGACCCAAAUUCUUUGCUCCAAGGCUUUUACUAUGUUUAACUCGUUGUAGGAUGAUUAUUGUAUGUUUGUGGUAAGACGGUGACCUGCUUUGAUUAUUACCAUGGCUCGGAGACAUGCAGACUGAUUUGUGAUGGAGGUGUCGAUCCCACCAGAAAAUAAGGACGAAGAUAGUGGGGACGUCCCACGCUCCGAGCAGAAUGGAGAUGUCUCGCCGGACACUUAUAAGGACAACCAGAGUGAGGACCUAUCACUAGACACUAGGGGCAAGAUGAGUAGUGGAGCUGUCUCCCCGGACACUAAGGGAGAGCAGAAUGGAGACGAUGUUGUAAUCUUAUCGAAAACUAACGGCAGUCAUAGCGGAAACAUUAAUGAACAGUAUAACAGUAAAGAAGUUUUAACAGCAACGGAGAGAGAGUCGAGUGGCGAUGUCCCCAAAGAAAGUAAGGACGAGCCUAGUGCAGAUUUCUCCACAGUCAAUAAGGAACUGCGUAGAGGAGACGUCUCCACAGAAAGCAAGGUAGGGCCGAGUAAGGGUGAACCGAAUGGAGACAUUCCAAAAGAAAUUAAGAAAGAGCUGAAUGGCGACGUCUCAUUAGACUCUAAUGGCGAACCGAAUGGAAACAUUCCAAAAGAAAUUAAGGAAGAGCCGAGUGGCGAUGUCACCAAAGAAAGCAAAGAAGAGCCUAGUGGCGAUGUCCCCACAAAAAUUAAGGAAGAGCCUAGUGGCGAUGUCCCCACAGAAAUUAAGGAAGAGCCUAGUGGCGAUGUCUUCACAGAAAUUAAGGAAGAGCCUAGUGGCGAUGUCACAAAAGAAAGCAAGGAAGAGCCUAGUGGCGAUGUCCCCACAGAAAUUAAGGAAGAGCCUAGUGGCGAUGUCACCAAAGAAAGCAAAGAAGAGCAUAUUGGCGAUGUCACCACAGAAACGAAGGGCGACGACGAGAACGGCGGGGAUUAUGGUGUACUUCGCCAGUCAGAGAUAGUUUCUGCAGCAGAGGGAAAGGUGACGAAAUCCAGCAAGUCGUCCUCCAGAUCGUCCUCAAGACUGAGCAGUAAGGACGGGGAGAGGUCACCAAAGAUGGGUCACAUCGUCUGGAAACGUCCAAAGGAGUUAAAUCCGCGGAGUCGUCUGCUAAGCGGAGGGAAGAUGUUCCGCGGGGACCUGGUUGAAGGGGUGAGAGGGACACCCAACUUUGGGGCUGCGUGUUCAGCUCUGGCCCUCAAACAUGAGCUCCUGUUUCAAGUCAUGCCCGAUGACCAGUGUCCGAUAGCAUUUGAAGACGAUUGGGGGAUUUAUAAGUUUAGGUUCUGGAGGUACGGUAACUGGACAGAAGUAACGAUAGACGACAAGUUGCCUAGUGUGGCUGGAGAGUUGCUUUACUCUCAUACUUUAGAGAACGAUGAACACUGGAUGUGUGUGAUGGAGAAAGCUUAUGCUAAAUUUAACGGUUGUUACGAUAUAAUAAACAAAAUCCCCUUAUCUGACAUGUUACAACACAUGACAGGGGGUAUAACUGAGACCCUGACUUUAAGAACAGUGGGUAGCUCGGAACAACUGGGCUGUUAUGUGGAGAACUGUUUUAAGAAGAGGGCUCUCAUACUUACUACUGCUCUGAAGAGCAAGGAAGGUAUGAUGCUAGGACUGGACAGCGAGCUACCGUACAUUGUUACACGGGUUAAACGGAGAACCAGAGUGCACCCUUGUUUAGUUUGUCUUUACAGUCCUUUCGGGGCUAGUGGUUGGGCUGGACCUUGGGGACGAGACUCGCCAGAGUGGCGGAACUUUUCCCACGACGAUGUUUACAACUUUGGACUGAUGAACGAGUCUGAUUUUGAUUUUUGGAUCUCAGUGGAGGAUCUGGUGGAAUUUUUUGAAACUGUUUUCAUUGCUCACCAGUCUUCUGAUACUAUGGCAGGUAUAGUCCAGCAACUGGAUCCGAGUAUUGUCAGCUUGGUACGUAGCGGGGUGUUUGGAAACUGGAUAAAAGACAAAACUGACGGCGGAGCACCAAAUAACGCAAAGUUCCUGACGCACAACAUCCAGUUUCUGGUAACACAACAGAGUAUUGAUGAUAAGAUGUGUGUGUUAUCUCUAGUACAGAGGUUCAGACCUAGGAACACCCCUCAUGAGGGGUUUAUGUGUAUAGGAUUCUCUGUCUUCAAGGCCCCUGAGAACAUACAAUACCGAAUGACAGAUUUAAAAGAAGCGCCAGUAGCCAUAGCAACCUACUCCUACAAAGAAAGUGUAUCAGUGAGGGUGGACCUGGAACCAGGCAACUACGUUGUCAUACCAACGUCCUAUCAAGCAGGGGUUGUUGGGGAGUACCUUUUGAGAUGUGUUAGUCCUAGGAACCUCAACAUAAGAGCGUUAAAGCAAGCGCCACCCUCCGUUACAAAGAAGCAGGUUAUUGAUGUUGAGCUGUUGUGCGGUGAGAACCUCCCCGACGUAACCCACAGCUACGAUGCGGACCCUGAACAAGAGGUAUACUGCGUGAUAUGGUGCGGAAAGGACAAAUGCCAGUUUCCCAUAAAGCGAGGUCCUAACCCGCUGUGGAACAGUAUCGCUACCUUCCACGCUAAGAGCCCCUACAAAAGGACCAUCUUUGUUCAGGUGUGGUAUAAACCAGCUCCAGGAUCCAGUGCUAAGGAGGACGUUUGUCUCGCAGAGACCUGCCAGCUCCCUAUCAUCACUGGAGAUCAUAAGGUCGUUUGUCAACUAACAUUAUCCAAGAAGACAUCAGCCAACAAAACCCCCGUUGCCAUACCCAAAUCAAGUAAAAAAGGUGGAUCCAGAUGUGCAGGUUCCAUCACCCUCAUAGUCCGGUACAACCCUCUUCCCACAGUAUUCCGGGGUAUCCCAAAGGGCGGUAGUAACGUCCAAGUUGUAUCCAUGGAUAGAGGACGAGAACGUGUAAUGGACACCUCAGAAUCUGAAAACAGUUCAAAUAGAGACAGAAAGUGCAGGACUGAACCGCGAGGUGGGGUGGCGUUGUUGAACCAUGUUGCGCUAUCAAACCAAGGUUCCAUAUCUUCUUUAGUUAGAUCUGGAACCAACAGUCCACACCGACCUUCAGUUGGAAGCAACUACAAUGCUGACCAGAUCAUCCUUCCCCCCUACUGCUGCUCUGAACCGAGAGCAGCUGAACAGGGCCUCCCCCGCACGAAGGUCCAGGUCUCGUCACCCUACAGACGAGGACGCCAUCAUUCAGGCUAACAGAUCCAAGUCAAUGCACUCUCGGCCUCAGAACGGAGGGCCGGUUCCUGUUCCGGGGGGUUCAAAUUCUCUGGAUGAUUUGUUCGAUGAUGAUAGACCUGUGAAACUGAUGGUUAACUGUGAUAAGACUCUUUCCCCGGAGCAGCCCUUGCGAGGGCUUGCCUCCGAUCAUUCUCUGAGAGCAGGAACUAUACUCCCUCCUUAUCAGUACCCCACUCCGAUCCCUGAGCCUAAUUGCAGUAAUGUGAACUUUAUUGGAAACGGCGAUCACGUGGAUGGUAAAACCAAUGGAUCGAUUCUCAGAACUGUUGCUCCAACUCCAAGGUGAAAUUGAUUGAAGAUUUGAACGUUGUUUUUCUUAAAUAUGCGAUCCUUUUUCUGACAAGUUUGAUAAAUUUUACUCACGACAGAUCACCAUGAGUGUACGAUUUGUAAAAAGUUGUUGCUCGACACUUCUGAUGAUGAUGAACCCCUUUUCGUUUUUGAUUGUUGGCUCUUUAUUUCGUUUUUAUUCUAUGUUGUUUGUUUGAUUUUUGCUAUUGAAAUUUUCCUUGAAUUC